GCAGAGGCAGCAGCAGCAUCAAAGCAAGGCGCAAUCUGAGGCGGAGUCGGAGACAGAGCGUUGCAACAAUUCGCGUCGCAGCAGCGCCGCCAGCAACAACAACAAAUAGCCAAAACUGAGCAGCGUUCGGCAAAGCGCAACAACAAUUACAAUUGCAAAAAAAUCGGCAACAAAAUCAACAACAAACAUACAACAUACAACAACAGUGGCAGCAACUAAGCGUCGGAGAGCGGCAGGUAGCAACAAAAAGAGGCACAACAACAGGCGACAGAGUCACAGCAGCCGGAGUGCGAGCCGCAACAGAAGCCGCAGCAGGAGCAGAAGCCGUAGUCGGAUCAAGAGUCAUAGUCGCAGUCGAAGUCAAAGUCGGAACAGCAUCCAGAGCCCCGAUCGCAGUAUACAGAGUCCGCCGCGCAGCAUACGGAGUCCCAGCCCCAGUCCCAGUCCCAGUCCGAACAGGAGUCGCACCAGCAGCACUUGUAGCAGCCACAGUUGCAGCAGCGAAAGUGAAGCCAGCAGCAUGUCCAAGGCAAGCAGCACAGCGACACCCACUGCAGCAGCAGUUGUUGCAGCAAGUGCAACAACAAAUGCGACGCAUGCGAAUGCGAAUGUGAAUGUCAAUGCAAAUGUGAAUGCCAAUUCGAAUCCCAAUGCGGAUUUCAGUGCAUUCGAUUUCAAUGAUAGUUCGGAUAAUUCUGAUACGCCGCUAGUGCCACGCCCACCAUUUCUGAGUCGAGCUGCAGCGGCAGCAGCAGCAGCAGCAGCGGCAGCAGCAGCCGCACUGAGCAGCAGCGGCAACAAUUCAAAUUCCCCAACAUCAGGCGGUGGCGGCAUGCAACAGCAGCAGAACAUGCAGCAGCAGCACCUCAACAACAACAACAACUUGCAACAGAACAACAGCAACAACAACAAUAACAAUUGCCGCAGUAGCAGUCGCAGCAGCAGCACCUCCCAAAGCAGCCUGGACGAUGAGGAGGAGGAUGAAGAAGAUCAGCAACACCAGCAGCAACACCAGCAGCAACAGCAACAACAAAGGGCUGCUGCAGCAGCUGCCGUUGUUGCAGCAGCAGUUAGUGCGUUGCAUAACGGUAAACAGCAGUUCAACAACAACAACAACAGCAUUAACAACAACAGCAAAGUGCGAGAGCCGCGAGAGCUGCACGAUCCACAACAGCAGCAACAGCAACAGCAACAGCAACAUCCAGAUGAUGAGGAAGAAGACGACUACGACGAGGAUGAUGAGGAAGAUGAUGAAGAAGAGCCACACCACCUUCACCAACAGCAGCAGCAGCAUGGCAAUGGAAUUGGCCAUGACCUCACGCCCACGGAUCUUCGUCACGUUCUGCCAUCCAGCACCAGCCAUCACGAUCAUCUUCACCAGCAGCAGCAGCAGACACAAUUGCAGACGCAGUUGCAGCCACAGCAGCAGCAGCACCAUCCCCAGGAUCACGCGGACUACGACGACGAUGGCGAAGAUGAAGACGAUGAGGAUGAGGAAGAGGAUGAGGCGGCCAGCAGUCACCUGGACAGCCAGGCCACCCUCACAUCGGCCCACCUGAGCAGCGCGGCGGCUGCGGAGAGCAGCGGCCUCCACAUGAGCGCCGUUGCUGCGGCGGCAGCAGCAGCUGCAGCAGCGGCUGCGGCCGCCGUCAAGCUAAACGCACAGCUGGAGCAGCAGAACGCAACAGCGCUGGAUAUGGCCAGCGUGGGUCCGGUGGGUAGUGGCGCCACAGUCCCUCAAAUGUCGAUGGUGACCGCACCGAGCAGCCUCAUUGGUGGCAACAGCAACACCAGCUUUUCCACCAACAACAACAGCAACCAUGCCCUCAGCUCGACGCACGGCAGCACGGGCGGAGGCGGAGGCACCGGCGGUGGGGUUGGUUUGCCCAACGAUGUAGCGGCCAACGGUCGAGGUGGUGCGGGCAGUGUGGGUCCCACCUCCCAGCAGCAGCAGCAGCCCCAUCAACAACUGCAGCAACUGCAGCAACAACAGUCGGGCAGCGGCAGCAGCAGCGCUGCCAGCGAGCGUCGCAAGUACCGCCACCAGAACUACAGCAAGAACAUCUACAUAGGCACCAAGAACGCCGAAAAGUGGGAGCACAUGCGCACCCGACUCCAGUUCAAGAACGAUGUGGAAUUUGUUGCCUAUCUGCUCAAUCUGGCCGACAACGAUACGGAUCGACUGAACAACCUGCCACCGCCUUCGCCGGCUCCCACGCCCACCAAGGGUUUCGAUGGCAAUUUUAAGCUGGAACCGAAUCUCAGUGUCAAGGACUUUGCGCUGCCCCCAGAGUCCACGUCGAUGAAUGGCACAGGGAAUGGCAAUGGGAAUGGUGACUCUGCCUCGGCGACCUCUGUGGCUAUGGUAACGCCCACACCGCCGCAACGUAAGCGCUACAAGAAGCGGGUGCAGUUCUCCACGGACUCGCUGAAUGGAUAUGCGGGCGGUAAAGCAACCAAAGGGGGAGCAGGAACUGCACCAGGAUCGGCAGCAGCUGGUGGCUAUCACAGUGGCUAUGCCAAGUCCAAGAAGCAGGAGGCCAAGGCAGCGGCGGCCGCCUUGAAGGCCGGAGCAGCUGCAGCGGCGGCAGCAGCGGCGGCUGCGGCUGCCGCCAACUCCUCGGCCCUUCCCGAGGUCCUCGACUGCCGCAUCGCCGAGAAGAUAAAGAGCGAGCUGGAGGCGAGCGCCAGUGCUGGCGGCAAGGAGCCGGCAUCCCUGCCCAGCGCCCUCUGCCUGAAGAAAGCCGCAGCGGCGGCAGCUGCGGCCGCGGCGGCAGCAGCAGCAGCGGGCAGUGAAGAGGAUGACGAGGAGGAGCAUUCGCAUUCGCAUCCACAUCAGCAGCAUCCACAUCUGAUGGGUGCCGGCAUGGCCAUACCCUUGGGCGUCGCCGGAGGCGUGGAAGUGACAGCCAAGACGGGUGCAGAUGCUGUGGACGGCACCGCAGCCAGCAACGGGCAAAUAGGCAACUUCCAUGUGCGCUCCAAGAGCCAUGGCGGUGGCAAGAAGUCGCAAGCCGCAAAGGCAGCAGCAGCGGCGGCAGCAGCAGCCGCUGCGGCCGCAAUGAUGCCACCAAAUUCCAGCUACGACGAACCGGAGGAUGAGUCGGCAACGGGCGGAACGGUCGUCAACGAGGAGGAGGACGACGAUGAUGAGGAGCUGGACGAGGAGGCGUUGGCACGCGAAAUGAAAAUGGAGCAAAACUUUGUGGAGGAGGAGGACGAGCAUGAUAUUGCAUUCCGGUCGCAGCAAUCCUGCCGCGAGUGCUCCAUCACGCACGACCACAAGCUGUGUCCGCUGCGCAAUGCCUGCGGCAAUGUGACGGAUGCCGUCGAUCUGGCCGAGUGGAUCGAGCGCCGGAAUCUGGAGGCGCUGGCCAAGCUGAAGGCGGACGCGCACCGCCAGGCGAAGCGGGGCCGUGGUCCGCGUCACGACGACGAUGAGGAUGACAUGGAGGACAUGGACAUGGACGAGUCGUCGCAGCUGUCAGAGCUGGAGACCAAGCCGCUAAUAACCUUCGCAGAGGCAUCGGUGCCCGCCGAGUUUGAGCUGCACAACGUCGAGCCAAAUGUCACUGGGGUCUUUGCCCGCACCGAGGUCCGAGCGUACACCAAGCUGGGGCCGCUCAUCGGGCAGCCGGUGCAGACGGGCGAGGUGCGCGAGGGCAGUGACAUGAGGUGGAUAUUCGAGAUGUGCGAGGCCGGAGCGGACAAGUCGUACCUUCUGUGCUGCGACAAUCCCAAUGCCUCCAACUGGCUGCGCUUCAUACGGCCCGCACCCUGCUACGACGAUCGCAAUGUGAAUCUCGUGUCCAUCGAUCAGCAGGCGUACUUUGUCAGCUGUCGCGAUCUGCGGAACGGCAUGGAGCUGCUCUACUGGAGCGACGACUGCAACACUAUGUGGCGCAAGAAGCACACGGAGAAGAUCAACUGCGGCGGUUGCAACCUGAAGUUCGAGCAUCCGCUCUACUAUCGCACCCACUGCUCUGUCUUUCAUGAUCCAUCGAUGAGCCUCACCAUCCGAAAGUAUCACUGCAAGGUGUGCGGCGAGGCUGUGCUGGGCAAGGACAACAUUAUGAAGCAUGCCGCAGAGAAGCAUGACGGCAAGGGUGCCUAUCAGUGUCAGUUUUGCAACAAGUUCUUUCUGCGCCUCAACUACCUGGAGAUGCAUCGCACCUAUGGCUGUGCCUCCAAUCCGAAUCGAUCGCGUCCCGUCUGCGAUUUCUGUGGCCGCAAGUUCUGUCAGCCACAAAAGCUCAAGGCGCAUAUCAAGCGCAUGCACAGUGAUAUGGCUGAAGUUUUACGAGAUUUUCAGUGUAAAUUAUGUUCAAAACUUCUAGGAUCGCGUGCGGCACUGCAGCGUCACUCGAAGGAGGUGCACAGCCGCAACUCCACCGUCGUGAGCUGUCCACGCUGUCAGAAACUCUUCCAGAAUCGCAGUAAUCUCAAGAUCCAUAUGCUGACCCACUCCGGUGUGCGUCCAUUCAAAUGUGCGGAGCCCGAAUGCAAUGCGGCAUUCACCACCAAACAGUGCCUGCAGUUCCAUUACAAGAAGGUGCACAACUACACGCAGGAGCAGAUGCCAAAGAUUGAGCGGAGUGUGGCCUACACGUUCGAUGCCUAUUCCGGCGGUAUGAAAGUGGACUUUCUGGAGCAAGCACCGCGGAGGCGGCGCAAGAGCCUUGAGGACCAGAACUCGAUGCUCAGCAGCUCAAUGCAGAGCGACACGGAGUUUAGCGAUGACAACAUCUUCGAGGCCAUCAAGAAGAGCGGCAAAUCGAUCAAGGAUCUGUGCCGCAACGAGCCGAAUCUCUCGCUGCUCAGCUCCAAGAUUUCCAGCAUUUUCGGUGAGAAGGUGCCCGUGGUGGCAGUCCCAGUGCCGGUUGCCCAGCCCUCGGCCGGCGUCUCGCUCCCACCCGUUGGCGCUGGCCGCAAGCGAAAGCGCAAGAAGGAGCCAGCCAAUUCCACAACCGCCCAACAGCAGCAGCAGCAGCAACAGGCGGCCCUCCAGCAGCAGCAGGCGCAGCUGCAUCAGCAGCAGCAACAGCUGCAACAGCACCAACAGCAGCAGCAACAGCACGAGCAACAGCAGCAGCAACUGCACCAUCAGCCGCUGCAGCAACAGGCCUCACUGCAACACCAACCACUGCAGCAGCAGCAGCAGCACCAACAGCAGCAGCAGUCGCAAUUGCAUCACGAACAGUCCUCCCACCAGCAGCAGCAACAGCAACAGCAGCAACAGCCGCCGCCACAGUAUCAUCCUCACCACCUGCAUGCCCACUCGCUGCCUCACCAGCAGCAGCCGCAGCAGCAACAGCUGCAUGGCACCGAUCCCGACGAUGACGAGGAGGCGGAACAGGUGCGCCUCGAGCAGGUGCGUCGCAAGCAGAACGCACAACUCAGCCUGGUCGAGUCCUUCCUGACGACCACCGCCCAGCGGUUAAGUGCCCAACAGCAGGUGCAGCAGGUGGUGGCGGCCGCAGCGGCUGUUUCGGCCAUGGCCGGAGCCGGCGAUGAUCCCGCCAAGCUGGGUCACAUGAUGGUCGGCCACAUGGGCGUCGGCGUUGGUGUGGGCGUGGGCAUGGACGAUGAGGAUGACGACGACGAGGAGGAGGACGAUGGCAGUUCGGCCAAUCAUCCUGCCAGCGGUAGCCAUCCACACCAGCAGCACGGCCAUCCACACGGCUCGCAUCCGCACUCACACUCGCAGUCACACUCCCAUCCGCAUCCUCACUCCCAUUCCCACUCCCAUGCGCACGCCCAUCCGCAUCAUGCCCAUGCCCAUGCCCACAGCCACGCCCACAGCCACCAGCACUCCCAGCAGGGGGCAGGGGGCCAGCAGCAGCAGCAGCCCCACGGUGGGGAUCCCAGUGCCUCGUACCGCCAUGCGGCGGCCAUGAACGCGGUGGCCCUUGGCCAGAAUCUAGUCGUCACCAAGGGCAGCAAGAAGUGGAUCGGUGCCGAUGAUCGCCAUCUGGGCGAUGUGGCCAGCGACGUGGCCGGCAACGACUCAGGCCCGGGCUCGGGAAACGGUCUGCCCGGCAACGCUGGCGCCGGCCAGGACCUGGGCUUUGCGGUGCCACCCAGCGCCGUGGAUGAGCACAGCAAGCUGCUUGGCCAGAACCGUGACUUCCUCGCCCGCCUCAUGAGUACGGCCAGCGCUAGUCACGCCCACGCCCAUGCCCAUGCCCACGCGCACGCCCACCAGCAUCAGCACCAGCAGCAGCACAGCGCCCACAGUCGGGAGGAGGAUGAGAACAGCUCCUUCCUGGAUGUCGUCGAGUCGGCCAACAACAAUGCAGCCGCGGCAGCCGCUGCAGCAGCGGCCAUGUCCCAGUACCAUCACAAUGCGGCAGCCAAUGGUGGUGCAAGCGGAGGACCAGGUGGCCCAGGAGGCGGCGGCGGCGGCGGUGGCGGUGGCGUACCCAGUGGCGGACAUACACCCACGGGACCGGCCACUGGCGGCGGUUCGGUAACAUCCUCCAACGACGGACCCGGCCAAAUGCAAAUGAACUCCCUGACGCAUCCGCAGUCCUUCAUGAGCUCCUUCUAUAACAAUGCGAACGCAAGACUGACCGGAGCCGGUGUGGGCGUGGGCGGAGGCUCCUCGUCCGCCAGCAUGCUGGUGGAGGCGGCCCUCAAUUCCGUCGGCAAUAUGAUUGACAGCGAGAGCAGCGACCUGAAGGUACCCACCGAUAAUCACAUCAAUAGCGACAGUCCCAUGAGCGCCCAUGUGGAUGCCGAGGCGCAACGCUUUGGCGCUGGCAGCGCUGCCGGCGGAGUCGUAGGAGCUGGCGGUGGCGGGGGCGGUGGCAGCAGUGGAGGCUCAUCGAGUGCGGCCAAUGGAACGGGCAUUGGAGGCGCCAUGGAUAACCUGGAGAAUGAGCUGAAGAUGAUGAAGAAUCUGGGCAGCUUCCCCAUGCAAAUACCGCCGCUGCCCAUGUUCCAGGGUGCGUGCAACAUCUCGCCCAGCGCCUCGACGCCGACCAAUCCGCAGAGCAACCAGAACCAGAACGAUGUGGAUGUGGAUGCGGGCAGUACACCGCGACCACAUCAUCCCGAUUCCGAUGGCUUCUCUUCGUCGCACCACCGCACGCCGCCCUCGCCGCCGCCCAUCUCGCCGGGCCGCGACUAUGGUGGAAUGUUCGGCUCAGGCAAUGGUGCGGGGGGUCCAGGAUCCAAUAGCACGCCAGCAGGCAGCUCCAGUGCCGUCGGUGGAGGCGGCGGAGGUGGUGGUGGCGGUGGGGGUUCUGGGGGUGGAGCCAACAGCAUGUCGGCCUCGUCCCCGCUGCCCGCCCUGCAGCCACAGCGGCGCAACGCGUCGAGCGUGGGCAGCACAUAUCCUGAGCACGAGCUCAUCUCGCCGGCCUCCUCGCCGAGCAUACCGCGCUACAACUUCAAUGGGGACAUGAUGCGCCAUAAGCGGGCGGUGCAGGAGCAAGACCAGCACGAGCAACGCCAGCGGCACAACCUCUCGCGGCACAAUCAAAUGUCCAGUGAUGAGGAGAACAGCAUCAUGCCACAAAACAGCAGCGCCGGCCAGGACAUGCGCAUGAAGUUCCCCCAGUCACAGAUCGACCUCAUGUACUCCAAGUACGAAAGCAUGGCCAGCAACCUGAAGUACAACAGCCAGGAGCUCGACUCGCCGGCGGAGUAUCGCCAGAGCAGCAACAGCAAUGCGGCGAGUGCGGCGGCGGCUGCUGCCGCUGCAGCGAGUGCGGCCAAUGAUCUGUCCGAUCUGCAGGGCCUGGACAUGAGUUCGCGUUCGAACGCGUCGAGCAACUAUCACCACAACUUCCAGCUGCCAAGCAGUCGCUACCAUCAUCACAUUUACGAUAUACUGUCGGACCGGGAGCAGAGUCAGCAGGCCCAGGCCCAGGCGCAAGCGCAGGCACAGCAGGCAACGGGUGCAUCGGUGGUGCACCAGCAGGAGCACGGACACGGCAGCCAGCUGGCCAUGCAGCAGCAUCAGUCGGCGGCUGCCAUGCACAACAUGCUAAGCGAGCAGCUGGGCGAGCAGGAGCACGACCAGACCACAUCCGUGGACCUGAGCCGCACCGCCAACUAUGUUGUGUCGUCGCCGCCACAGCUGCCGUACAACCAUCCGCAUCACGACAUGCUGCGAAUGGCCUCGCUGGACCUCACACCGAACACGGCCAACAUGGCCGUGGGCAACAAUCGGUCGUUCCUCUCCACGCAAAUGCAGCACCAGAGCCGCGAUACCCUAGAGCACCAUCGCCUGCUCUCCACCGUCGAGCAGCAUCGCAUUCUGGCCGCCUCGAAUGCCGCCGACCAGCAUCGCCUGCUGGUGGAUCCCACUGCCCAUCUGCUGAUGGAGCAAAACAAUCGUCUGCUGGGCACCGCCGAUCAGUCCCGCCUGCUGGGCGAGUCGGCGGCGGCAGUGGCCCAGAAUCGUCACAUGGCACGCAGCUUUGGGGCCUACCAUCAGGUGGCAUCGAGCAACUACCAUCCGGGCGUACGACCGCCGCCCGUACUACCCUCAGCGAAUCAUCAUGCCUCGAGUCCGUCAAACUAUCAUCCCUUCCCCGCCUACUACUAAGGGUGAGACUAUGAAAACUAAGUAUAUACUGUGGUAUGACGAUGAGUUGCCUGGGACAAUAGUGCAAUACCUAGAAGGAGGACUCCAUUUCACGUAGUUCAAUUCGAAGCGCAACAAUAACUCUACUUCUACGCCCAUCAAUCUCCUUUUUCGAGCUACAAUUUCAAAGUGUGCCAAUCCAUUUAAGUGUUUAGAUCCUGUUUAAAAUUUUGUGUGUGGCAUUUGGCAUUCUCCUCACCAUUCGACGGCUGGCAAACACACCCACAAAUAUGUAUAGUUGUAUAGGAAGCAUAAAAGAUAAAUAUUAUAAAUAUAUUAACAGUAAAUGUAAAGCGAAAAUGCUAAAACAUAAUGGACACAGCAGAAAGCCUGCAGCA